UUUGCCACCUUUCCUUGUUUCUUUUUCAACAGGGAGAAACAUUUCCUUGUUACCUUUGCUAGAUUAUUUAGGAGAAGAGUGUAAAUUGAAGCCAUUUAUCUUGAACUGUGCUGCAGGGCCACACUGUUUACACAAGUGAAAGAAAUUGUAACAGGGGUAUUUGGUCUGGUCUGCAAGGAAAAGGUGUCUCAAGUUUUCCUUCCCCCUCCCCCUUUAUACAUAUGGUGUAUUAGUUAGAAGGCGCUCAAAGCCCGUAGGCAUUAGGUUUGCAUAUGCAACGGGCAGGACAGUUGUUCGUGGGUUUAGUGAAUAUUUUAUAUAUUUUCUGUUGAUGAAAUGAACAUUGCCCAUAAUAAUAAAGUGAAUGUUAAACCCCCCCCCCAAACAUCAGCCAUACGUUUUGAUGACCAGAGAUCGUUUAUCAUGCAUCCUGCCCUUAGUGAGAUAACAGAACGUGAAUUUCUGGGGAUGUUGCUGUUCUAAUUGAAACCUGUACAUGUUUGUCAGUUGGUGGACGAGUAAGUCGUGAAUUAAAUUAUACUCGCCAGAAGAUUGGAGAAGAGGCUAUGUUUAAUCCUCAACUCAUGAUUCAGACCCCGAAAGAAGAAGGUGCUAACGUCCUGACCACGGAAGCUCUCCGACAACACCUGGACUCAGCACUCCAGGCCAGCCGAGUCCAUGUAUAUAUGUAUAACAGGCAGUGGAAAUUGGAACAUUUGUGUUACAAAUCUGGAGAACUUAUCACAGAAACAGGUUACAUGGAUCAGAUAAUAGAAUAUCUUUACCCUUGUUUAAUUAUUACACCUUUGGACUGCUUCUGGGAAGGGGCAAAGUUACAGUCUGGGACAGCAUACCUUCUAGGUAAGCCUCCUUUGCAGUGGACAAACUUUGACCCUUUGGAAUUCCUGGAAGAGUUAAAGAAAAUAAACUAUCAAGUGGACAGCUGGGAGGAAAUGCUGAAUAAGGCCGAAGUUGGUCAUGGUUACAUGGACCGGCCCUGCCUCAACCCGGCUGAUCCAGACUGCCCCGCCACAGCCCCCAACAAAAACGCAACCAAACCUCUUGAUGUGGCCCUUGUUUUGAGUGGUGGAUGCCACGGAUUAUCCAGGAAGUAUAUGCACUGGCAGGAGGAGCUGAUUGUGGGUGGCACGGUCAAGAACAGCACUGGGAAGCUGGUCAGUGCCCACGCCCUGCAGACCAUGUUUCAGUUAAUGACGCCCAAGCAAAUGUACGAGCACUUCAAGGGGUACGAGUAUGUCUCACACAUCAACUGGAACGAGGACAAGGCAGCGGCCAUCCUGGAGGCCUGGCAGAGGACGUACGUAGAGGUGGUUCAUCAAAGUGUCGCUCCGAACUCCACUCAGAAGGUGCUUUCCUUUACCACAACGACCCUGGACGACAUCCUGAAGUCCUUCUCUGAUGUCAGUGUCAUCCGAGUGGCCAGCGGCUACCUACUGAUGGUUUUGCCAUUUCUCGCUCUUGGCGUUGGUGUGGACGAUGUUUUCCUUCUGGCACAUGCAUUUAGUGAAACAGGACAGAAUAAAAGAAUCCCUUUUGAGGACAGGACUGGAGAAUGCCUCAAGCGCACGGGAGCCAGUGUGGCCCUCACGUCCAUCAGCAAUGUCACAGCCUUCUUUAUGGCUGCACUGAUCCCCAUUCCCGCCCUGCGAGCCUUCUCCCUCCAGGCGGCUGUCGUAGUGGUAUUCAAUUUUGCUAUGGUUCUGCUCAUUUUUCCUGCGAUUCUCAGCAUGGAUUUGUAUCGACGUGAGGACAGGAGAUUGGAUAUUUUCUGCUGUUUUACAAGCCCCUGCGUCAGCAGAGUGAUUCAGGUUGAACCUCAGGCCUACACGGAGACUCACGAUAACACCCGCUACAGCCCCCCGCCCCCCUACAGCAGCCACAGCUUCACCCAUGAAACCCAGAUCACCAUGCAGUCCACAGUGCAGCUCCGCACAGAGUACGACCCCCAUACACACGUGUACUACACCACUGCUGAGCCGCGCUCCGAGAUCUCCGUGCAGCCCGUCACCAUGACCCAGGAUACCCUCAGCUGCCAGAGCCCAGAAAGCACCAGCUCCACGAGGGACCUGCUCUCCCAGUUCUCCGACUCCAGCCUCCACUGCCUUGAGCCCCCCUGCACCAAGUGGACACUUUCAUCUUUUGCUGAGAAACACUAUGCUCCUUUCCUCUUGAAACCAAAAGCCAAGGUCGUGGUGAUCUUCCUUUUCCUGGGCUUGCUGGGGGUCAGCCUUUAUGGGACCACCCGAGUGCGCGAUGGGCUGGACCUUACAGACAUUGUGCCUCGGGAAACCAGAGAAUAUGACUUUAUUGCUGCACAAUUCAAAUACUUUUCUUUCUACAACAUGUAUAUAGUCACCCAGAAAGCAGACUACCCGAAUAUCCAGCACUUACUUUACGACCUUCACACGAGUUUCAGCAAUGUGAAGUAUGUCAUGUUGGAAGAGAAUAAACAGCUCCCCAAAAUGUGGCUGCACUACUUCAGAGACUGGCUCCAAGGACUUCAGGAUGCAUUUGACAGUGACUGGGAAACUGGGAAAAUCAUGCCAAACAAUUACAAAAAUGGAUCAGAUGACGGGGUCCUUGCCUACAAACUCCUGGUGCAAACUGGCAGCCGUGAUAAACCCAUCGACAUCAGUCAGUUGACCAAACGGCGCCUGGUGGACGCAGAUGGCAUCAUCAAUCCCAGCGCAUUCUAUAUCUACCUGACCGCGUGGGUCAGCAAUGACCCUGUGGCUUACGCCGCCUCCCAGGCCAACAUCCGGCCUCACCGUCCUGAGUGGGUGCACGACAAAGCCGACUACAUGCCAGAAACCAGGCUCAGAAUCCCAGCAGCAGAGCCCAUCGAGUACGCGCAGUUCCCUUUCUACCUCAACGGCUUGCGGGACACCUCAGACUUCGUGGAAGCCAUCGAGAAAGUCAGAACCAUCUGCAACAACUACACGAGCCUCGGGCUGUCCAGCUACCCCAACGGCUACCCCUUCCUCUUCUGGGAGCAGUACAUCGGCCUUCGCCACUGGCUCCUGCUGUCCAUCAGUGUGGUGCUGGCCUGCACGUUCCUGGUGUGUGCUGUCUUCCUCCUGAACCCCUGGACGGCCGGGAUCAUUGUGACGGUGCUGGCUCUGAUGACGGUCGAGCUCUUCGGCAUGAUGGGCCUUAUUGGAAUCAAGCUGAGUGCCGUGCCCGUGGUCAUCCUCAUCGCUUCCGUCGGCAUAGGGGUGGAAUUCACCGUCCACGUGGCUCUGGCCUUUCUAACGGCCAUUGGCGAUAAGAACCGCAGGGCCGUGCUCGCCCUGGAGCACAUGUUUGCACCUGUCCUGGACGGCGCCGUUUCCACUCUGCUGGGAGUGCUGAUGCUUGCAGGAUCUGAGUUUGAUUUCAUUGUCAGGUAUUUCUUUGCUGUCCUGGCAAUCCUAACAAUCCUGGGCGUUCUCAAUGGGCUGGUUUUGCUCCCAGUCCUUCUGUCCUUCUUCGGACCGUACCCCGAGGUGUCUCCAGCCAACGGGCUGAACCGACUGCCCACCCCUUCCCCUGAGCCGCCCCCCAGUGUGGUCCGGUUUGCCGUGCCCCCCCGUCAUGCAAACAAUGGGUCGGAUUCCUCUGACUCGGAGUACAGUUCUCAGACGACAGUGUCGGGCAUCAGCGAGGAGCUUCGGCACUAUGAGGCCCAGCAGGGCACUGGGGGCCCUGCCCACCAAGUGAUCGUGGAAGCCACAGAAAACCCUGUCUUUGCCCGCUCCACUGUGGUCCAUCCCGAAGCGAGACAUCACCCCCCCUCAAACCCUCGACAGCAGCCCCCCCUGGACUCAGAGUCCCUGCCUCCCGGACGACCAGGCCAGCAGCCCCGGAGGGAACCCCCCAGAGAAGGCUUGCGGCCACCCCCCUACAGACCGCGCAGAGACGCUUUCGAAAUUUCUACUGACGGGCAUUCUGGCCCUAGCAAUAGGGACCGUGCGGGCCCCCGGGGAGCCCGUUCUAACAACCCUCGGCGCCCAGCGUUCACUGCCAUGGGCAGCUCCGCGCCCAGCUACUGCCAGCCCAUCACCACUGUGACGGCCUCUGCGUCUGUGACUGUUGCCGUACACCCCCCGCCUGCCCCCGGGCCCAGCUCCGCGUGGAACCCCCGAGGGGGCCUGUGCCCGGGCUACGGGGACUACCCCGAGACUGACCACGGGCUGUUUGAAGACCCCCACGUGCCUUUUAACGUGCGGUGCGAGAGGAGGGAUUCCAAGGUGGAAGUCAUAGAGCUGCAGGACGUGGAAUGUGAGGAGAGGCCCCGGGGCGGCAGCUCCAACUGAGGGUGAGUAAAAUCUGAAGCAAAGAGGCCAAAGAUUGGAAGCCCCCCACCCCGCGCCCCCGAACUGCUUGAAGAGAACCGCUUCGAGUUCCACAGACAUGCGCACCCGGAGAGCAGUUCUGCGUUACUGUAACCGAUUGUAUUAUUUUGUGAAAUAGUUCUAUAAAUAUUUAAGAGGUGUACACAUAUGUAAUAUACGAAGGAACGGAUGUAAAGUAGUGCGAUCUGGGCUUCCUCCACUCCUGCCCCCAGAGUGGGCGGUGGGGAGGCCACCGCGGGGCCCCUCCCGAUUUGUGCAUGGGUCUCUGUGCCACAACCAAGCUUAACUUAGUCUUAAAUUUCAGCAUAUGUUGAUGCUGCUUAAAUAUUGUAUAAUUUACCUGUAUAAUUCUAUGCAAAUAUGGCUUAUGUAAUAGGGUUAUUUUGUAAAGGUUUCUGUUUAAAAUAUUUUAAAUUUGCGUAUCACAACCCUGUGGUAGUAUGAAAUGUUACUGUUAACUUCAAACACGCUAUGCGUGAUAAUUUUGUUGUUUAAUGAGCAGAUAUGAAGAAAGUACGUUAACCCCGGUGGCUUCUCCAGGUGUUGUUGGAUGUGGUUCUGUUUGGCUGUGUGUGUGUGAACACGUGUGUGGUUUCCCAAUGUACUGUACUGUGACUUUAUUUUUUUUUUCUUUUUUUGUUUCUUUUCACUGUCUAUAAUCCUUAAGUGGGCUCUGCCCUAGUUAGGCUGGAAGAGUCAGGAUAUCUCUAUUGCUUGGUGCUGGUGGAAAGCUAGCCCUGAAUGUCGCCUUAUCCUUUCGCCAGACUUGCUUCAGGUCCAGGGCAUCUCUUGCGAUCAUUGGCUGCUAUCCAGAGACUCCCAAUUCAUGCCUCAGAGGAGACGGGCUCCGUUGCGUGGAUCGUUGUGGUGGACGUUGGAACCUCAGGGUUUAGAGCUAACAUCUGUUCAUCUUCAUUGGUAUUAAAGCGUUAUUAUAGAACACGCUUAGUGGUGAGCCUCAGCUGGGCCAUGAACGUAUACUCUAGAGUAUGCAGCCUUCGUUGUACCUCUCGUGACACACACACGCACACACGCACACACACGCACCCUCAAAAGCUUAAGGGCACAUUGGAAAUCUUUCAGAGACAAUGACCUGCUAUGAGUAGAAGAACCUGUUCAUCCGGGCCACAGUGAGUCCAGAGGUGAUGUCUUGAGUCCUGCAAUUUAAACUCCCCCCUCUUCCUAAAUGGCACAGUUGGUUGGGGCUUUCUGGAUCUGUUUGUAUCUUCUUGAAAAAUCAAUAGGGAGCCUCCCGUGUGGUGAUAGGGAGUCAGCAGUUCUGCAGGCUAAGAGCUUCCGAAGGAUCCUUCCCAGUGUGUGAAUAUUAAUGUUACGGGCACACACUUCCGAAAUAAUACUGUGUCCCUCUUCUCAGCCUUAUUCGUGUUCUCUCAAUGGGACGUUUACCGAAGAGCAGGGCGAUGUCCAUUGCACACACCCCACUGAAGAUCGUGGAUGGAGGCAGAUCUCAAGCAGGCAUUAUUUUUAAAGAUUUGCUUCUGUCUUGCUUCUGUUGUCUUGCUCUGAGGUUUGGUCUUCCUCCGCCCCUAGCCGGAGACCAGCGAGCGUCAGGGAAGCCGUCGGUACCCAGACUCAGCUACCGUCAGAGCGCGCGAAUGGCAGCUCCUACUGUGCCCUCCCGUCCCCACAGAAACUGUCAGAAGGCAACGGGCUCCCAGUAGUACCCAGCAGUAUAGUGACCUCAGACCCGAAAACUUGCCACAAAACUGUAAGAUACUAAUUGGAAGCCACCUGUGGCCGCCAGGUGUGUGUGUUCAUGUGCCAGGGGCCCCCGCGGGCCCGCGUCUACUGUUCGGUGCCUCCGUCAGCCACACUGUCCACCUAACACCCAGCUCUGCUCAGAAAACUUACGUCCUGCGUUCAAGAGAGAGAUGGUGCAAAAUUCUGAGGUCUGCUUCCCUCUGGCUCGUGGCAUGCCCUCCUCGCUCCUUUCCUGAGCCCAGCUUGUGUGGUGCAUGAGAGCUCGCACGGCCCCGCUUUCUGCACGGUGUGGAACUUUCUCCCACAGUCACACUGGCAAAGGAGAACUCGGGGGCAGGCAGGCAGCCAGAAUUUCUCUCUCUCUCUCUCUUUUUAAAAUAGUUUUAUUUUGUCUGUCUUGUUUGUUCAUUUGGGUGUUUUAAUUUUUUUUUUAAAUCUUUGCUGAUAUUUAUAAUUUUGUAUCAUAAGAAUGUUUUCCUACAGUAUUUGUCAUGCCAGUUUAUAACAAAAAAAUGCAGGGAUUUUAUUUCUAUUGGAAACACUAUUACAGCUAUGUUUUACUUUUGAACAGAAUUUUUAUUUGUAUAGAGUGCUUACUAAUGUUAAAUAGUUCAGAGUAUAUAACAUUUUCAUUAAAGACUCAUGGUAGGUGUUAGUGUAAGGAGUUUAAAGGAAGUAAAUAUUCAAACUGGGUCUCAUUGUCUGCCAGUUUUGGCAGAAAUGGGUUUGCGUCAUUUCAAUUACAAAGAUAAAAGUAUGCCAUAUAAUUUAUUUAUAUGAAAAUUUAUUUUUGUAGUGUACAUAGUACUAGUCAUCAAGUCUUUCGACAGAAGUAUAUUUUUAAAGAAUUUAUAUGUGAUGAAUCCAUAAUGUCUGGAACUUUGCUGAGACAUGAGUGGGGCACACUUUUCAUUGUAAAGUACAGCAAGGAAAAGAAAAUGUUUAACAGUGUUAAGAGAGUGAGAGAUCGAGUAAAUAUUCAUGCAAUUGUGAAAUGUGUAUUCGUUACCAUUUGUGACCUAGUGUGGUUCUCAUUUUAAACCUGGGAAGGCAAAAAUGUACAAACUCUCUAAAUAUUAAUGUUCAAACACUGAUAGAAAUUCUAACAUGAAUAAAAAUAAUAUAACUUGUUGGUUA